AGUGCAGGUGCGGUUGGAGCACGAUUUUUUGGUUUCGGUUUCUUUUUUAAUUUGUGAAAUUUAAAAACCAAGUUUGCCAGCAAUGCAAACGUCUCAAAUUUCCGAUAUUGUGCAGGUGGAGCCCGGGCGGGACAAUCCGAUUUUGUUAAACUUCCAAAACGCGGAGAUGAGCUUCAAGAAGGACCGCCGCAUCCAGAGCUUCCGCGCGGUGGACGUUAAUCGCGAAGCGGCCACCAAAACCGGUGACGAUUCAUCCUCCACUUCGUCCCGGAUGGUGGUGGUGGGCUGCGAUCAGCAGGUGUACCGGGGUUACGUGGGCGAAGGUCUGCCGACGGAGCUGAUGCGCAGUUACGUUGCGAUCCGGAACCGGAAGAGCGGCAAGAUGCGGCUGAUUCAGCUGGAAGAGUGCACCAUGUUGAAUGCUUGCUAUGAUGAUAAUAAAAACAUGUUCCGGGAGGAGGACCACUCGAAGACGGCGAUGAGGAAGUUUGGCGGGAAGGUCGCGAUGCAGGCGCUGGAGCGGAUCGAGCGGGCCGAUGCAAACAUUGAUGUGGCGAAUGAGAGCAUUCAGAGUAUGAUGGAGAAGUACGACGAGUCGCAGUUCUUGGAUGAUUGUGAGUUCACCAAGAGUCGCGUUGAGGGCGAGCUUAUUCUGGCCAGUAUGAAGCCGCCGAGGAAUCCGGAUGCGAAAACCGCCGCCGAUUUGUACGUGCUGGACCAGCUGAUUCCGAAGUCACUGCUCGUCCAUCUCAAGCAGGUUGGACUCGGCUUUUUGGAGAAGGAACCGGACACGCUGGAGCUGGCGAACGUCUACCUCACCAACAAGGUCAAAUCGGUGCUCCAGUGCAAGGAACCCGACUCCAAGCAGGGCAUCGAAACGCUCCAGAUUUCCCUCUUCAUGGACGCGCUCGUUCGUCUCCUCUCGUCCAAGGGUCACCUCCUGCGCAAGCAAGAACUCUCCCCCUUCUCCAAACAGCUCGACAAAGAAAUCAAGCAAAGCUUCUCCCAAAUUAACUCCCACGAACUCACCAAAACCCGUUACACGGAACACAAAGCACUCACGUACUACCUAGCACUGGCAUUCAUCCUCGAAAACGGAACCAUCGACGUGGAGCAGAUCCACAACGGGCUCGCCAUCAGCAAGGUGGAGUUGCUCAAGUUUGCGGCGUUCAUCGGUGGGUCGUACAACUCGACCAAGAACUGCUUGGUGCUGCGGCUUGGGGGAAGCGCGGAUGCCGCCUCGGGGACGUUUAUGGCCAAGAGGCGGUUCGUGAGGCGCAAGUAGGAAUAUUGAAAAAGGGGAGGGAAAAUUGAAUUGAAUAUAAUGCUUAUUCGUUGAAA